AUGGAUUACCAUGCCAUCCAUGGCUACGACAUUGCCAGUUUUGACACAUCGGAAUCAACGCAUCGCCUUCCAACGGUGCCGGCUUCACAGGCCUGGGAAGAGCUAAAGGCUAGCCCGGCAACUCACAUCUCAACGGGACUUGACGCUCUUGAUCGUGCACUGCUGGGGGACGCGGCGGAUUCACAGGAUGCCGCGGUCAAGGGCGGCGUCAAGCGAGGCCAGGUGACUGAGAUCUGGGGACCCCCUGGCUGCGGCAAGACUGCCCUCGGACUAGCAAGCGUGCUGAAAAGCGUUCGAGAUUCGCGGGUCUUGGCGGGCUCGGGGGAGAUUCAAGAUGUAGACCCAAGCAAGCUGGUUCACUACUCUUGCAUGACGUUGCCGCAUCUGCUGGCCUUCAUCACACGACCAACGACGACGUCUAUUCCUCCGAAUGCCUCGCUCAUCGUUAUAAGCUCCCCGACAGCUUUGAUCAAUUCCUUUUUGCCGAGAUCUCUCGAAGGGAAAGGGAACCCCAAGCAAGCAAAGGGUUUCAUCAUGACCACUCUGCAAAAGCUUGCCGCAACUAAGGAUUGCGCCGUCGUCUUAUUGUCGCAAUGCGCAACCAAGAUGAGAAGCGAGCAGAGGGCCACGCUGAUCCCGUCCAUCAACACCACGCUCUGGGAGCAAGGCGUAUCAACAAGGCUAGUACUGUUUCGGGACUGGGCGUGGCAUGGCAACAAGUCGUCAAGCGUCUUCCUGGCAGGCGUCCAAAAAAUUGAUGGUAGAGCCGUCCAGGACGCCGUCGACUACGUAUCCGCGUUCAAAGUCGAAGCUGCCGGUAUAUCGAGUGUCCACUACGAUGCCAGCGAUCCGGGCAUGGAGGUGGCGGUCGUGGCACGGCGACCAAAGCGGAAACUGGGGCAGACGGAGCUUGAGGUGCCGGACAGCGAAGACGACGAGGACUACGGCUGGGCAGACGAGGACGAGGACGCAUUGCCGCCGCCGCCGUCACAGUGGCAAGGCAGCGAGGACCUGAUCCUGGGCAAGGACGCGGGUCUAAGCGAGGACGAGCAGGAGCCCGACGACGGGAUCCAGGAGUACUACUUUGAAGACGACGUCGACGAGGCCGGGGAGGGCGACCGAAGUAACAACGAGACGAUGGACUGA